AUGGCCGCUACAUCUGCCAACGUUCCAUUUACCGUCCAAGGCAAGACUGCCUUGAUCACGGGUGCUGGAAGUGGAAUCAACCUCUCCUUCGCGAAGCUCCUCCUCGAGCGAGGCUGUAACGUAGUCAUCGCAGACCUCAGCCUCCGCCCCGAAGCAGAAAAGCUCGUGCAGCACUAUCUUCCCAAAGAUGCAAAUACGCCCAGCUGCAUCUUCGUCAAGACCGACGUGACUAGCUGGGAUCAACUCGAGAACGCAUUUCAGGUAGCAGACAACGAAUAUGGUGGAGCAGACAUUGUCUGCCCAGGAGCAGGAAUAUUCGAGCCGCACUGGUCCAACUUCUGGAUACCGCCUGGCACAGGUGCAUCAAAGGACAAGCUUCACGGAGACAAUGGCAUCGGUCACUAUGCACUGCUCGAUAUCAACUUGACACAUCCUAUACGCACCACGCAGCUUGCCAUUUCUAGAUGGCUGAACCCGCCAAAGGGUUCCAGAACUGGAAAAGUGUCUGCUGCAAACCCCAAGCGUAUCGUACACAUCAGCAGUAUCGCUGGUCAACAGCCCAUUGUUGGUCAGCCUCUGUACGUUGCUUCGAAGCACGCCAUAUCUGGUUUCAUUCGAGCCUUGGCACCACUGGAGCAGAGGUUGGGUAUCAGAGUUAAUGGAGUUGCACCUGGCGUUAUCAAAACUCCGCUGUGGACAGAUCAUCCAGAAAAGCUCGUUUGGCUGGACGAAAAGCAGGACGAGUGGAUCGAGCCUGAGGAAGUUGCCGACGCGAUGCUGCGGUGCGUUGAGAGUGACGACGUGGUCGGGGGAUGGGUUCUCGAAGUUCUCAAAGGAACCACCCGCAAUGUUGGAUGGCAGAACGAACGCGGACCACAGGGCCCUGGAUCUACCGCGAGCAAUUCGGCGGCCAACGUUGCUGAGGUCUACGAUUGGCUUGCUCAGCCUGGCUGGGGUGUGGCAAAUUGAGAAUCUCGUUCAAGCUUUGCAGAGUGCCAACCACUGAAGAAGAUGUUGUCGCUACGCCAAGUCCCCUUAGACUAACUCGCUCAGCUGAAUAGGAUGCUUACGUGCGCUAUCGAGAUACCACUACAGCCAUCUUUUUGCACUCUGCUCGAUGUGCAUAGUGAUUUUCCGUGACCUCAAGAUCACAACUCCCUUUCGUCCUGAUGGGACCCCUUCAUCUCCCGCUCAGAAGCCUGGAGAACUUGAUGAUGUAUCCUCGCGCUCAUUCACUUGGUAUCGGUCAGGGACUGAGGGCGAACCGCCGAAAUUCUAAUUCAUCCGCCCACGACAAAAUGCACGAGGCCCCUUCUGUAGAUAUACCAAGGCAUGGCCACAUUGCAGGCCAUCAUGAUUCUAGUGAGAGGAGACAUUCGGGCAAGCGAAGAUUUCAGUGAGCUGAGUAUGGCCUCUACUCAAAACCAAAGACGCUGGCUGAUGCAGCAUUCAUGCAUACCAAGAAGAUCAUGAAUCAGCCCUGCUGGCGAGUGCCACGUGCCAGCACCUUUCGAAUUUCGCACAGCUAAAGAUGCGUCGAGAGCAAAGUACGGACGGAAGGCUGAAGCUACUGAAAUCUGGACAUAAAACAUCAACGGCACCAAUCUUGAUGCUGUCGCGCAUGGCAGCAUGAUCCACCGCUGCCACGCUGGAGCACGUUCGGUCUUUCAGCCUCUCUGGCACGCUCUCGAUGCUCGGCAUUCGCUCCAUAUCCGCAUUGCUUGUCGUGACCCUCUUCAUGACCACCAAGAUGAUGCGACAAGCACUUCCUGUGGCUCUCGCAGACUCCAUGGCAAUCUGGUCUGCCUGUUUCGUAGCCGUCUCAAAAAAAAAGUGCGGAGACACCUCCCGAUUCAAACGAUCUCGGAAAAUCACCUGACAACGCAAACUUCACCGCCUCCAGACCGUGUAUCGUGGUCAACAUGUACCUCCUCGAAGCAUUCACAGUGGACGCACCAUUUCAGGCUU